AUGCCACCACCGACAUUAGACCAGAUCAUCUUCCCCGAACAGGCUAGCCAGAACUUCUCGCACAUCCUUGGCGACCUCAAGCGGUCCAACUUCAUCACCAACAGGCUUGCAUCGAUAAACCAGGACGCGGCCUUUGUCGAGAAGGUUGCCGAUGCCCUGAAGCUACCGCUCGUGGCGAACGAGCGAUGCGGGAGUUGGUAUAUCGAUCCCGCCCGGAAAUCCGGCUCGGCUUACUUUAAGAGUACGGACGGGCAUACCGGGCAGUGGAAGUUUAGUUCAAGGAGGCUGAACUUUCACUUGUUGAAGUUGAUCGGGGAAAGUGAUGGAUGCAUCAUAGUCGACUCGACGCGCAGAGGAAAACCGGCGAGCAUCGCGCGGCUCCGCGAAGCCGGCUUCCUGCCCGUGGUGUGCUGCACGGCGUCGCGGCGGGCGGGCGCCGGGGAGGUGGCGGAGGGGGGCGGAGGGGGUUAUGUGCAGGGGGCGGGGGACGAUACGGAGAAUUGGGCGGGGGGCUUGACGCCGGGGGGGUUUUGGCGGUGGAGGGGGCGGUUGUUGGCGGUGGGGGAGGGGGAGGUGAAGGGGGUGAUUGAGGAGGUGGUGAAGGAGGAGAGUGAGAGGGAAGGGGGGAAAGGGCGGGUGAAGGAGGUGGUGAAAGGGGCUGGAGGGAGCGGGGUGGUGUUUGUGGGGGGGUUGGGGGCCGAUGUUUCUUCUUCUUCUCCUGCGGAGUUUGGGGAGUUGGGGGAGGGACUGUGUGUGGUGAGGGUGGUGCCGAGGUUUAUGGAGAGCAAGGAGUGGGUGAGGGGGAAGGGGUGUUUGGAGGUCGGAUUGGGGAAGAGCAAGGCGGCGAGUCGGCUGUUGAGGGAUGCGCUGCCGCAGGUUUGUGAGUUUGUGUUGGCCUUCUUGAGACGGCCCCCUGCGACGAAGGAGGUUGGCCCGCUGGACAAGAAGGUGGUGGUGCUGUGCGAGUCGGGGAAGGACUUGUCGGUUGGCGUUGCUCUAGCGAUCUACUGCUGGUGUUUUGACGAUACCGGGAACGUGCGGCAGGGUGAUGAGGAGGUGUCGUUUAACAAAGCCGCCAUCCGGGUUAGGUUGGGACACAUCGUCACGGCGCUCCCCGAGGCUAACCCCAGCAGAGCAACACUGCAGAGUGUAAACAGCUUUUUGAUGGACUGGCGAAAAUGA